AUGCCCAAGAAAACAAUUUCAUCAGACAUAAAAGAUGGUCAAAGAAUUUUAAAAAAUCUAGAACAAGAUUAUUUACAAAACUUAUCAUUACAUUUAUAUUCAACCUAUUUAGGAAGAAGAAUCAACCCUAAUUUCCCACGACAAAUGUGGAGUUCAUGGCCUAAAAAAUUCAACAAUGUCCCCGUCCCUAGUCAAAACUACGAAGACAAUCUAAUUAAUGAAGAUAACACUAUUGAAAAUGAUAUAAAUGAGGAUUUUUCAAUUUAUGAACGUGAAUUUGAAGCUUAUAUGGAGAAAUUAAGACCUACGCGUAUUAAAAAUGAUAGAAAAACGAACAAUAGGCAAGAAGAAAAUUUAGAGAAAGAUAACAAUGAAGAGGAGAGGUCAGAUGUAGAAUUGGAAAAUAAAGAUCAAAAACAAGCUGAAGCAUUGGAGAAUGAAUAUAGGGAAAUAAGUGAAGAAGAACAAUCAGGAAACGACAGCGAUGAUGAAAAUAAUAAACCAUCACUAGUAAGUGAAGAAGAUGCAUACUUCCUAGAUCCAAAAAACAAAAUAAUAGAUAUAGAAUAUGUUGAAAAAAUUCCAUCAGGUAAACAAGCACUUCAAAAUUCAAUAAAUUCAAUACUACAUCAAAAAAUCAAGGAUAAAAUAUAUAAACUACAACAAGAUGGUAAAAUCAAUAAAGAUCUAGAAUUAACAACUGAUUUCGAAACCACCAACAAGACUUUUUUAAAUUUCACUAACAUAAUAACAACCAGAUUUGAUUCAAUUUUACAAACUACUUUUAAAAUCUACAAGAAAAAGAACUAUCCACUAAAUUGGAGAAAUAUUUUAUUAGCUUCAUUAGUAAAUGACUUAUCAAAACACCGUAAAAUCAAUAAACAAUCAUACACCAACCUUGUGAAAAAAUGUGAGGAUUUAUUCAUCAAUAAUGUAAAUUCAGGAAUUUAUAAAUUUGAAAAAGAUCCACCACCAGGAGUAUUUACAAAAAAUGGUGGAUUUGAUGUUGUCAAUUACUUGAGAUCGCUAACUCCUUACUUUCAAUACAAAGGACAACUUAAUUACUACGAAUUAUCAGAAAACUACCUUGAUGAUUUAAUAAGGGAAAGAUUUAUAGCUGGUUUGAUUAUGCAAAAAGUGCAUAAUAUUUUGGAAUUUAGUGGUGUGGUUCUAGAUAGUAGUGACGUUGUGGUAGAAGAUAAAAAAUUAAAGAAAGAUGAAGAGGUACAUGAAGAUGAUAGUAGUCAAGAUGAAAGUGCUAGUAGGUCUAAUGACGUAAAUGAAAUUGAUGAAAAUAAUGAAACUAAUAAUGACGACAAUGAACCAAGUUUGAAAAGGUAUAAAAUAGAUAGACUGAACCUUAUAGAUGCAUAUACAAUUAAAUAG